UACCAAAUUUGUCACGCAAUCGUCUUCCACCACCACCAUGCCCAUCACAUCCCCAACACUCGUCCCCCGCCCUCCAAUCACCCCCCUCGUCCUCCCGCGCGCACCCCAAGUAAACCCAACCCCACUCCCCAAACUCGAUCGCUACCCCGGGCGCAUGGACACCCGACGGGAUCUCCAACGCGAAAUCGACGAUCUCUCAGAUGAGGAGAACGAACUUGAAGAUGCUAACUUGGUGAUUAGGAAUCGAGGGUUUCAGUGGCUCGUUCCUAUUGGGCGGCAUACGACGCUGUUGGAGGAGAAGAAUGAGGCAGAAGACGAUUCGGAUGGCUCUGAUACAGGUCAAUCAGGCGGCGGCCCUUCGAUCAACGAGGACGGCGAGGAGAACGACGAUUCAGGAGCUGAUUUGGACGCGAGCAUGGAAGAUAUGGAUGAGGAGGGUGAGGCGGGGACAGCAAGUGAAGCGGAGGAUGUGAAUGACAUGACGGACGAUUUAGAGGAGAGGUCGAGUGAUGCUUGAUACACCACACUCAGAGCAGGACAGAGAAAAACGAUGAAAUUAUGGGUGGUAUCGAUAAGUCUUGUUAGAUUCUCGUCGCUCAUCUCCACUUCCCAACGACGCCGAAGUUGAACCACACGAGGUCGCCAACACAAAGUCCAACCACCACGAACUGAAAUCGAAUCACUACGAACCCGACUCAAGGGACUACCCCCUGAAAAUCUGUCACAGACAACGUCCCACGCGUAUGCCUUCUCCUAGGGCCAGGAUUAGCCAUGACGAGUGGCCGUACCCAUAAUCGGACGUGGCCCGCUUUUGACGCUGUUAC